AAUUUGGUGUAAUUUUUAGCAAAAACUAUAAUAUAUUCUAACUUUUGGUAAAAUCUACCAAUAAUAACAAUGUUUCAGAUAAAAUAUAUAAAAUCGGGAGUAUUGAAUCUUAGAAAACCAUUGGUUUUUGCACGGAACAACAGCUGCUACAAAAUCCAACAUCACACCCACGACUGCCUCGUUAUCGGCGCCGGUGGAGCUGGUCUCCGGGCUGCCGUGGGCUUGGCCCAACAGAACUUCUCGGUCGCUCUAGUAUCAAAACUAUUUCCAACUCGCUCGCACACCAUCGCAGCACAGGGUGGCAUGAACGCUUCGAUUGGAAGUAUGCACGAAGAUGACUGGCGUUAUCAUUUCUAUGAUACCGUGAAAGGUUCUGAUUGGUUGGGUGACCAGGACUGCAUUCAACAUCUAACGCGAGAUGCUCCUAACUGCAUUUUUGAACUGGAGAACAUGGGUAUGCCAUUCUCAAGGACGAAAGAAGGCAAAAUAUAUCAGAGAUCCUUUGGUGGCGGAACUAUUAAUUUCGGAAAAGAAAUAGCAAAAAGAACCUGCGCUGUGGCCGACCGGACCGGUCAUUCCCUCCUUCACACGUUGUAUGGGUACAGUACUCAAUUCAAGAACAUUGACUUAUUCAGCGAGUUCUUUGUCUUGGAUCUGCUGAUACAAGACGGUGAAGCAGUGGGAGCUUUUGCCAUGGACAUGGAUGACAGCAGUCUGCACAGAUUCCAAGCAAAGAACACAAUAAUAUGCACCGGAGGUUAUCCUCGUAUGUAUUUCUCUUGUACGGCGGCUCACACCUGUACGGGAGACGGUACGGCAAUGGCGGCGAGAGCAGGCAUACCUCUACAAGAUAUGGAGUUUAUACAGUUUCACCCUACUGGUAUGUACGGAUCUGGUUGUCUCAUAACCGAGGGUUGUCGAGGAGAAGGUGGUUACCUCGUGAACAGUGAAGGUCAAAGAUUCAUGGAGAAAUACGCGCCAAAAGCCAAAGACUUAGCCAGUAGAGACGUUGUAUCUAGAUCCAUAGCAACUGAAAUUAAAGAAGGACGUGGAGUUGGUCCCAAGAAGGACCACAUGUUCCUCCAACUCCAUCAUUUGCCCGCACAGCAGAUUAAAGAGCGCCUACCUGGUAUCUCGGAGACGGCGUACAUCUUCACCGGUGUGAACGUCUUCAAAGAACCGAUUCCCAUUAUACCUACAGUCCACUACACUAUGGGUGGUAUACCGAUCAACUAUAAAGGAGAGGCAAUUAUACACCACGAUGGCUGCGACUGUGUGGUACCAGGGCUCCAUGCGGCAGGAGAGGCUGUCAGCAACUGCCAUGGUGCCAACCGCCUCGGUGCCAACUCUAUACUCGAUGUGGUGGUCUUCGGGAAAGCCAUUGCCAAUAACAUCGGCAGGAUCUCCCGGCCAGGCGAUAGGCAGCCUGUGUUAAAAGAUAAUAUUUGCGAUGAAAGUAUUGAUAAUUUGGCCUCGUUAAAGAGCCAGAGAUGCCAGUUACCAGUUCACGAAUUGAGGCUCUCCAUGAAAACCACAAUGCAGAACAAGUGCGGAGUUUUCAGAGAGAACAAACUACUGACUGAAGCAUGCGAUGAGAUCGAGAAGUGGUACAAGAGUUUCAAAUUAGUCGGCGUCACUGAUAAACGUCUGAAUUGGAAUUCGGAUUUGAUUGAGACGUUGGAGCUACAGAACAUGCUGCAGGGCGCGAAACAUGUCACCGCCUGUGCAUUGAACAGGACCGAAAGUCGAGGAGCACAUUUCAGAGACGAUUUUCCUAAGAGAGUGGACGAAAUGGACUACAGUAAACCAACCUCUGAUCAGACUCCCAAGCCAUUGGAGGAACAUUGGAGGAAGCAUAGUCUAUCGACCCUGGAUUUAUGUUCGGGCGAAGUGACCAUCACAUAUCGGCCAGUUAUUGAUAAGCCGUUGGAUGACGAAGUCCAGUUCUUGCCACCAAUGCCUCGCGUUUACUAGAUACCAGAAUUAACCCAGUUAAUGUGUCGUAGAAAAUAUUU